GUGGCGAAGCGGGCUGCUUUCUCUUCACAGUUGAAAGUUGAAAGUUGAAACCUUCUCUAGCUGAUGGAUUGGUGAGAAAUGCUCUUUCUCCUGUCUUCUUCCUCGACUUCGAGCAAAGCCGUUUCUCAACUCCUCUCUCUCUCUCAAACCCUCAAAACCAACAAAUCUUGGAUCUUCAUCCCCGCCAUGUCCGUGAGUUUAAAUUCUCAUGUCUUUGCGGGAAACCCGAUUAAGCUUCGGACCCCGAAACCCACGGACCCGUUUUCAUCAACUUCAGCUAUCCGCACCCUGAAAAACCUAAUCUUAGGUCAGACCGAUGAACCCCUUUCGCCCAAUUUCAAAAUAUUGCCUUUCAGAAAGGGUCGCCCUUUAGCCGGCUCCUCCGGUAGCCCAGACCCCAAUUGGCACCUUGGGUGGUUGGAUUUUGGUGACUGUAGGGGUUUGCUGGAGAAUUAUGCUGUGAAGCUGAGUGAAGAUUCUUUGGUUUAUUUGGGGUCCAAGAAUGAUAAUCAAAGUGUUGUGUACUGGGCUAUUGAUGUGUCUGAGGGUGGUAAUGACUUGGUGAAAGCAUUGGGUGCUAGACAGCUCUGCUUUGUUGAGCUCAGGACUUUAAUGGUGGCUUCUGAUUGGGCCGAUUCUCGUGCCAUGGGAGAACUUGCUGUUGCUGGUCAUGCCAGAGCACUUCUUGAAUGGCAUGGUGUAUCACGGUUUUGUGGAUUUUGUGGAAGUAAGACUGUGCCUGUAGAUGCCGGGAGAAGGAAGCAGUGCUCAAAUGAAUUGUGCAAGAAAAGAGUUUAUCCUCGUGUUGAUCCGGUUGUCAUCAUGUUAGUCAUAGAUAAAGAAAAUGACCGUGCACUAUUGAGUAGGCAGUCAAGAUUUGUGCCACGUAUGUGGAGUUGCCUAGCUGGUUUUAUGGAGCCAGGAGAAAGCUUAGAAGAGGCAGUGAGAAGAGAAACAAGGGAGGAAACUGGUAUUGAAGUCGGUGAAGUAGUUUAUCAUAGUUCUCAACCUUGGCCAGUUGGACCCAGUAGUAUGCCAUGCCAGCUAAUGGUAGGGUUCUUUGCAUAUGCUAAAUCAUUCGAAAUUGAAGUGGAUAAGGAAGAAUUGGAAGAUGCUCAGUGGCACAGCAGAGAAGAUGUGAAGAAGGCUCUCACUUUGGCCGAGUACCAUAAGGCACAAAAGACAACCGCCGCUAAAGUAGACCAAAUGUGCAAAGGCGUUGAGAAAGAGCAGAACUUAGCCACAGCCUAUAAUGUCGAUAGCGGGGAGCUUGCUCCUAUGUUUGUCCCCGGCCCCUAUGCAAUCGCCCAUCAUCUCAUUUCUUCGUGGGCUAAUCAGGUUGGAAUAAAUAAUGGCAACGAAACACAAUCAAAACUGCCUGCUGCUUCGCUUCCAAAGUUGUAGCCCAUUUUUAUUCUUAAACUCCUCACCGCUGCUUCCAAAAUCAGUUGCUCCAUAAACGUAGGAACCCAGCAGACGAGGAAAACGUGGGUGGCAUCAUUGCUGUGGGGAAGUAAGCUCAAUGCCCUUGGGGUUUCUCUUGCUUUACAUCAAUGUAUUUUCAUCUUUCUGGUGAUGUGCAAUAUCCAAUUCAUAUUCUUUGCUGUUUAAAAUGUAGUAAUAGAAUUUUAUAUCUGGUGUGAAAUUUGUGUUGCUCCAAUGGAGGAGCAACAGAUUUGAGAGACCUUUUCAUACAGGGUUGUACUGAAAUUUGAGUUUGAGAUGACUUUUGUAUUAAAAAUAAG